AUGGUUGCCCUGAGGCGAUUAUUCCAGGCGGAGAGAGGUUUGUCGAUGGACCACAGCGAAAGAGAGUCCCGAGAAAGCAGCUUACCGCAAAAUGAUACUCAUUCUGCAAAAGCUGCGUCGCCGUUAGGUGGGCAAAAUCACUUCCAGCGAAUUGAGAAGGAGUUUGAAACCAUGCACGACCAGUUGCAAACCCAACCAUUGUCCCCGUGGUCUCAGGUCCCGCCAUCUCGUGGUUCAAUGCGGCCCAAGGAGCGAAACCCUCGUCAUGUGGAUUUGCUCGAUGCUCUGUUCUCCUCACAUCGAUACCAAAUACAGUCUACGACCUCAUUGUCGCCUAUUACCCCGUACAAUGAAGAUAUCGCCGAGCGCAACAUGACACGAUUUCUCCAGGAACAACCGCGCAAGAAAAACAUGUACGCUCGGUUUUUGUCUGCUUUGUAUCAAGAGGACGUUGCAGAGAGAAACAUAACAAAAAGCCGGAGAAGAAGCCGUUCACUGUCGCGCACAAGGGUCGGCGAGCCUGAAGGCCAAGACAAUGGCAGCUCGCAUUCAAGGUCGAAGAUUGAGCGAAACUCGCGGGAAAUUACGAGUCCUAGGUCAAUGAACGACGCUCAUAGCGCCAGCGCAAAAGAACGUGUGCCAAGUGUUAGCAAUUCUCUGAAACACCAAAAUUCAGCACCAAACUUGUCCGCUGAGCGAGCAAGUGCACCUGAUGGAGCUGCUAGGUCAAGCCCUGACGGGUAUCUCGGCGUGCCUCCAGCCCACAAACAAGGAGUUACUUGGAGCAAUACUCCUCUCCCUGAUAGCCCAACAAUACCCGUUACUAUGAGGCACGAGAAUAUGAACGAAAACCGGCCAAUACACAAUAGAUCCUCGAGCUCAAGUCGCGGCUCGGGCUCUUCACGUCCAUCACUUUAUCGCAGUCCCCUCAUAUCUCCUCGGCUGGGUUCUAAGAAGAACAUCCGAGAUCUUUCCAUCAAUACAGAGCUGGCUGCCCAUGGUCGAUCAAAUGCGAAAAUCACGCAUCGUGCUAUACAACCCCCGACCCCUAACACUCUCGAAAGGCAGAACCCCAGCAUCGCCGAAGUCAUGAACAGUCCUUUGCCAGCAGGUACCCCCACGUCUAUAUCUCCCCUUCCCCAAUCUAAAAGGAUUGAAGAGAUCAUGGAUAUGUUCAGAAAGGCACAUAGCGCAUCGCAAGCUAUUACCCCACAUCCCACUUUUGAGACCCUGCAAGACGCCAUCAUCCGGGAAAUCAACUCCCACGAGGCCUUCCAACGGGUGCCUCCUCCUGAACAGGGCCCUCCUUUCACUCCUUCGCCAUCCCAAAAAACCUUUAAGCAAGGCCAUAACCGAACUAGGUCCCUCAAAGAUGGCCAAUUUUCUAAGCUAGCUAGACGAGGCUCUGUCCAGAAACAUGCCCGGAGCAAGAGCUCGGAGACGCGCAAAAGUAUAUCUACCAGUGUCUCCCCAAAAGUCUUCCGACGAAGACACACUGACGCUCCGCCGCCUUCUCCUGGAUUUUUUGAGACCUCCGAAACAGGGAGAGAAAGCUCUGAAGAACAGAUGACCUACAUGGACUUGCUGCUUCGUUCCGAGAAGCACUCGCCCAACCCUGGAUCGAAGAGCACCAUCUCUCCUCCCCCAAUGCCAGAGCGCUCGAAAACAGCCCCUUCUGUACUACAUCUCCGCGCACAAACAUCGGUUUCGUCCUCCGAAGGCCGGUCGAGCUUCUCUGCCGAUGACAGCGACGAAGAAGUGAUCCAACUGCCAAGUGUCGGUAUUCCAUGCGUUCAGAUCCAAGGCGUGGACGAAAACAAUGUGUCCUAUGUUACUGGUCCGACUACGCCGCAGACUGCGUAUAGACUCAUGAACUGGCCGCGGAAGUCGAACAAGAGCAGGUCUGGCAGUAACCGCCUCCAGGGGAUGCGAUCCGUGGAAUCCUAUUGA